AUGGCGACGAACAAACGGAGGACUGUAGUUCUAGUCGUUAUCUUUUUAGUGCUUUGUAUUUCAUGGCUUAUUUUUCGCCACGUUUGGGAAAUUGAACCGAAUCUUUUCUCUAAACACUCAAGUAAUUUUAAAAAGGAACUCCAACACAAGUGCAAUAUAAUCACAGAGUUCAUCAAACGUCUAGGAACCGGGAACAUAGACUCACUCAAUGAAGACCUUUUAGAACACUUAAGAGGGAAAUGGAUUCUCCCUCCUUCCAAGCUGCCAUAUAAUCUUUCCAACCCAAAGGCAACAUACUGGGAUCAAAUUGGACAAUCAAAAUUGGUAGAUAAGAUUCUGAAGCAACGCCGCAAAGGAUUUUUCGUGGAAUCAGGAGCAUUUGAUGGGGAGGGUCAUUCCAAUACUCUCUUCUUCGAGAUUUCUCGAGACUGGGAAGGAUUGCUUGUGGAACCAAACCCGUGGUCGUUUCAAAUGCUUUUGAACAAAAACAGGAAAACUUAUGUUGCAAAUACGUGCUUGGCAACGGGCCGCAGUCCCGCAAUGGUUGAUUUUACGUUCGCACGGGAGAUAGGAGGAAUACCUAAAAAAGGCCAUGCAAUUCCUAAAGGGGAACAACAUGUCAUUGAAGGAAAAAGUCGUAUACAAUGUUUUCCCAUCCACUCUCUCCUAGCCGCCAUAGGCCGGAACCACGUAGACUACUUUAGUUUGGACGUAGAGGGUGCCGAAUUAGACGUUCUCAAAUCGUUUCCAUGGGAACACGUCACCGUGGAUGUAUGGACUAUAGAGUACGCAGUUCACAGCGCUGUUUACGGUCCUGAUUCCACAAAACGUGGGAAUGCAAUCAGGGAAAUAUUUAAAAACACAGGGCUUUACAGGGAAGGGAUUAUUCUAGAACCCCUAGAUAUAGUAUUUGUCAGAAAGGACGUGCCACAAUGA